AUGGCUGGAGAUAAGAAAGAAUGGAAAAAUGAAAGAAAAAAAGAAAGAAAAUGGAAAAAUGAAAGAAAAAAAGAAAGAAAAUGGAAAAAUGAAAGAAAAAAAGAAAGAAAAUGGAAAAAUGAAAGAAAAAAAGAAAGAAAAUGGAAAAAUGAAAGAAAAAAAGAAAGAAAAUGGAAAAAAGAAAGAAAAGAAAAAAAAGAAAGAAAAGAAAAAAAAGAAAGAAAAGAAAAAAAAGAAAGAAAAGAAAAAAAAGAAAAAAAAGAAAAAAAGAAAAAAAAGAAAGAAAAGAAAAAAAAGAAAGAAAAGAAAAAAAAGAAAGAAAAGAAAAAAAAGAAAGAAAAGAAAAAAAAGAAAGAAAAGAAAAAAAAGAAAGAAAAGAAAAAAAAGAAAGAAAAGAAAAAAAAGAAAAAAAAGAAAGAAAAGAAAAAAGGAAAGAAAAGAAAAAAGGAAAGAAAAGAAAAAAGGAAAGAAAAGAAAAAAGGAAAGAAAAGAAAAAAGGAAAGAAAAGAAAAAAGGAAAGAAAAGAAAAAAGGAAAGAAAAGAAAAAGGAAAGAAAAGAAAAAGGAAAGAAAAGAAAAAGGAAAGAAAAGAAAAAGGAAAGAAAAGAAAAAGGAAAGAAAAGAAAAAGGAAAGAAAAGGAAAAGGAAAGAAAAGAAAAGGAAAAAAGAAAGAAUGGAAAAAGGAAAGAAAAAAUAA